GAAGUAUUUCGCUAUUCAUCACAUAUCGCAACAAGAAGGCUUAGUGUCACAACGUUCUAAAGAUAACGAUAAUAAAAUUCGAUAAAUAUCGCUAUGUCGGGCCCGACUAUCAUCAAGAAGAAAAGUGUGGCAAUGCCCAAUGUAACUUUACACACUACGGACUUCAAAGUGCGCACCAUCGGGGAGGCGACAUUUGAUAGCCCUCUGGACUGUGUAGAGUGGUACGAUGACGACGAUGGUGUCAUCGCGACGUCGACCCUGGAUAUGGACAUUCUCACAAACAGCUUCACCUUUGUUGAGAAAGCCGGGCCCCGCCAAAAACUGUUCUUUGACCCUAAAAACACGCGCGUGGGUGUGGUCACAUGUGGCGGUCUGUGUCCGGGGCUCAAUAACGUUAUACGUGCGCUUGUCAUGUGCUUGUGGCACCGGUAUGGCAUCCGUAGCAUAACUGGAUUCAAGUACGGGUAUGAGGGCUUGAACCCGGAGACAUCUCAGGAGAUUGAUCUCAAUCCCAAGCGAGUAGCGGAAGUUCACCGAUUUGGAGGCACAUUGCUUGGUAGCUCGCGAGGAGGCCAAUCCGUCAGCACCAUGGUCGAUUUCCUGCAGGAUAAGAAAAUUGACAUCCUCUUCACCAUCGGCGGUGACGGUACACAGAAGGGCGCCGAUGCCAUCUCCAACGAAUGCGAGAAGCGUGGCGUCCCUAUCGCGUGCAUCGGAGUGCCCAAAACCAUCGACAACGAUGUUGCCUUUGUCGAGCGAACAUUCGGGUUCGAGACCGCCGUCGAAUUGGCCCAAGCGUCUAUACAGGCUGCGCACGAGGAGGCUCGUGGAGCACGCAAUGGUAUCGGAAUCGUCAAGCUGAUGGGGCGGGAUAGCGGUUUCAUCGCGCUGCAUGCGUCUCUGGCGAAUUGUGAUACGAACAUCUGCCUGCUUCCUGAAACUCCCUUUAAGAUCUCGAAGAUUGCGGAUUAUAUUGAGAACCGGUUCAAAACACGUGACCACUGUGUCAUAGUCGUCGCCGAGGGGGCGGGGCAAGACAACUUCAAGUCUGAAGGUACAGAUGCCUCCGGCAAUGUCAAAUAUGGAGAUAUUGGUGUCCUGCUCAGAGAUAGACUCGGCGCGAUAAUGAAGGAGAAGAAAAUCGAUGUCACCAUCAAGUAUAUCGAUCCUUCCUACACCAUCCGAUCCGCUCCCACAAACGCCAGUGAUUCAGUGUUCUGCGUUCAGCUGGCGCAGAUGGCCACUCAUGCCGCCAUGGCCGGUAAGACCGGAGCCAUCGUGGGCAUGCUCAACGCUCAGUUCGUGCACAUCCCCAUCGCCAAAAGUGUCUCGGAGCGCAAGAAAGUCGAUGUCAAGGGAAAUACCUUCCAAAGUUUGCUGGACAACACUGGGCAACCGGGUUCUUGGGAGUAGAGAAUGCCCAUUACUCAGCAUCUCUAGCGCGCAAGCGUGAUGUAAUGGAGGCGGGACCGAACAACGAGUUCGCUUUCAGUCUUUCUGCUAUGUAUAAAUAAGUUAAUUCAGGUACAAGCGGAAAACCAUAAACCAAAUAAACGGUCAAUCUGCA